GUAUAGAAUAAAAAACCAAUAGUAUUUGAGGGAAAAAUAUUGUCUUGCUGCUGUUAUAAUAGCUGUGGAGUGAGAAAAAAUGUCAUAACGUUUAAACCAAGUGGUUUGAUUUUUUUUUUCGGAAGAAUCUUUACUUCAACAUAUUUCUUUCAAUGCAUGAUGUAUUUACAGAAAGAUUAAAAGCUACAAUGUGAAUUGCUAAUAUUGAGCUGAUGAAUAGCAACAUUUAAGUAAAUGUUAAAUUCAAGUUCCAAAGUGGUUGAUAUUUUCAGAAGAGAAAAUUCCAUUAUUGCACCUUUUAGGAACAAGGAAGUAGAAAAUGGCAUUUUUCAGAAAUUUCCAACAGAAUCUGCCUUCAGUGUCCUCUCUGGUAGACACAAUCAGUAGUGCUGUAGAGGAUUUGACCACUGUUGUUGGGGAGGUCAGCUAUGCUUUAACUGACUCAGUUGCUGUGCAGGUAACAAGUAUGAUGAGUGGCUUUCGCCCAGAAGAGGAAAGCUCUGUAGCAGAAGAAGCUGUAGACACUUCUAAACAAAAAAAUGCCGGGUUAACAGAAGUCUCCAAAAACACUAAUUGUCAGAAAACACAAGCCAAUUUAGAGCAUAGAGCAAAGCAAAUAAAUACUUGUAAAACUUCACAAAAGCAAGAUCAAGGAAUACAUGAAGAAAGAGUAUUUAAACAUGUUAAUGAUAGGCAACAGACUCUAUCAGAAUAUCAAGACACUGGUAAUACUGGUGAUUCUUCUUUGAAAGGCUACAUGAAUAAUGGUGGGAUAUCAGUUAUCAGACAGAAUACAAGGGCUGGAUCUAUUUGUCAAGAACUUGAAAGUACUGACAGAUAUAAAACAAUUGGAGUAGGAAUUUCCAAUAAUGGUAAGAAUGAUUUAAAGGAGGUAAGAUAUCAAGAAAUGAAAGGAAAUCAGAAGAAUGCCAACGGAAUAAACAAAUUGUAUGAGCAAAAGAAAUACGUUGGUACAGAUAAUUGUAAAAAGGAGGAAUAUCCUAAGUCUCGAGAUGUAUAUUUGGGAAGAGAUCAAGAGAAUAUGGGGCAUUUCAAUAAAUAUAAACAUCUUCCCGAUUUAGGGCAUUCAGAUCAUUUAAAGAAGGCUGAAAAAUGUGUUAAAAGUAAAGCAUCCAAAGGGAAUGAGUGUUCAGGAAAUGAAUGUUCUUUAAAAGAUAUUUUGACAAGCAAUAGGCAUAUGACACAGAAAUCCAUUAUAAAAGAAGACAUACAUCCAGCACCAUCAACUAAUUCUAAGGAUAAGUUAUCUGGGAAAAUUGAAGAACAGAUAAAUUCAAAGAAAUACUGUAAAGUGAACGAAGACAUAAAACCAAAGAAAACUGAGGCCAUUUCUGCCAAGAAAGGAACAGCAAAGAGUAAAGAUGAAAAAUAUUCUAAGAUAAUACCAGAAAAAGAUAAUUCCUACAUGGACAAAGAUGAGCAUGGUUCGUCCUCUGAAAGUGAAGAUGAAGCACUGGGUAAAUAUCAUGAGGCCUUAUCCAGAACACACAAUUCCAGACUACCACUGGCAGAUUCUAGACCAAAGAACUAUGCUUGGGAAACAAGGCAGAAAUACAGUCCUCUAUCUGCAGAGUAUGAUGGAUACAGUAGUGAAGCAUCAAUAGAUGAAGGAAACUGCAUUCAGAGAAUGAGAAGAACACCCCCGCUGGAUGAAUUGCAGCCACCACCAUAUCAGGAUGACAGUGGUUCUCCCCAUCUGUCAUGUACACCCUCAGAAAUUGGGGACAGUAAAUGUGAAUUUUCCCACUGCAGCAACAGUCCAAGAUGCUCAUAUAACAAGUGCCCAAGUGAAGGAAGCACAGGUCAUGAAAUAGAAAGUUUUCAUAAUAAAGGAUAUGAAGAAGAUGUUCCAAGUGACAGCACUGCAGUCCUGAGCCCUGAAGAUAUGUCAGCUCAAGGAUCAUCUUCGCAGCUUCCUAAACCUUUUGAUCCUGAGCCAGAAGCUAAAUAUGGCACACUGGAUGUGACUUUUGACUAUGACUCACAAGAACAGAAGCUUCUGGUAACAGUGACAGCUGUCACAGACAUCCCAACAUAUAACAGGACAGGUGGCAACUCAUGGCAAGUACACCUUGUUCUUCUACCUAUAAAGAAACAGAGAGCAAAAACCAGCAUCCAGAGAGGACCAUGCCCUGUCUUCACAGAAACAUUUAAAUUUAAUCAUGUUGAAUCUGAGAUGAUUGGAAAUUAUGCAGUUCGGUUUAGACUGUAUGGUGUACAUCGCAUGAAAAAAGAAAAGAUUGUGGGGGAAAAGAUUUUUUAUUUAACAAAAUUGAAUCUUCAAGGGAAAAUGUCAUUGCCUGUGAUAUUGGAACCUUCUUACAAUCAUUCUGGCUGUGACUCCCAAAUGAGCGUGUCAGAAAUGUCGUGUAGUGAAAGUACAUCCUCAUGUCAGUCUCUUGAACAUGGCUCAGUUCCAGAAAUUCUUAUUGGCCUGCUUUAUAAUGCCACAACCGGAAGACUAUCAGCAGAAGUGAUAAAAGGCAGCCACUUCAAAAAUUUGGCAGCAAACAGACCACCCAAUGGACUGUUCUGUUGUCUAAAACACUUGAUAGGUGGACAGGUUUAUAUAAUCCGAGAUACAUAUGUUAAGUUAACUCUACUGAAUUCCAUGGGUCAAGAGAUGUCCAAAUGCAAGACAUCCAUCCGCAGAGGGCAGCCAAAUCCAGUAUACAAGGAAACUUUUGUUUUUCAAGUGGCCCUAUUUCAGCUUUCUGAUGUGACGCUAAUACUGUCUGUGUAUAACAAACGCAGCAUGAAAAGAAAAGAGAUGAUAGGCUGGAUUUCUUUAGGUCUCAAUAGCUCUGGAGAAGAAGAACUCAAUCACUGGACUGAAAUGAAAGAGUCAAAAGGACAGCAAGUAUGUAGAUGGCAUGCGUUGCUAGAGUCAUGAUGAAUAGAAUAAGCAAGCAGUUACCAUCAAAGGCAGCAUAUUUCCAAUUCCAACAUUACUGUUUCUACCAAGUCACCAUUAGAAGAGCUGUUCUUUGAAGAAUCGUAUUCAACCUUCUACCAAAAUGUUUUAAGUUCUAUGGAAAGAACAUCUCAUACUGACAUAAAUGAAGAAAAUAUGUGUAUCUAGUAGAGCUUGUUUAGGAAACUGAGAAACGUACAUUAUCAUUGCUAAACUAACAGUCCUCCAGAAAUUUAAUAAGAUGUUUUUGAUUUGAAGUUAAUUUUAAUUUAGCAAAAGAGCCAGUCAUUUUAUGAAAAAUCAAAAUUAUAAGUGAUUUUAAAAACCAGAAUUUUAGUUACAAUACAAUUUUAAUAUCACCCUAUAUAUUAUUUACAAAACAUAGUUUGACUGGCCAGUCCCUGGUGUUUGUAAUGUUCUUUAAUAUGAAAAGGUAGUUCUCCAACUCUAUCAUAAGUCAUAUCUAAUGCUGAAGGGUUUCAGUCACAUUGAAAAUUGUUUUAUUUCAGGCAUGUUCCCUUUGUGCACUUAGUUUCAUUGUGCCUCAGUUCCUCUCAAAAGCACUAAAUCUAAGUGCAAACAAGUAUUCAUUUUCAUACAGGAAUUUUUUUAAUAUGUUAUUUUUUUAAAAGUUCAUUUUUCAUUUGCCUCCGCUUUUGCCUGAUCCAAAGAGACCAAGUCACUGUACUGGUCCCUUGCAAGUCUUCUAGACAGGUUGUACUGUAGAACUACGUAACUUUCUGUUGAAAGCACUUCCUGUAUUCUUGUAUUCCAAUGUAGGAAGCUAAUAGAGCAGGACUUUACUUUAAAAUUUAUUUCAGUGAUUGACUCUUCAAAAUUGCAGUAGUGUGAAAAUACAUUUUUUACAAACUGAAAAUACAGUAAAUAAGCUGUUGAAAAUGGAAAACAAUUCAAUUUUAAUUUUCUGCUCUGAGUAUGUAGUAACCAACACUGCAUAAAGCAAAUAGCAUCCAAAAUAAGAAACUGUUCUCUCUCUAAAUCUUCACUCUUACUUCAAUUUAUAUUUGUGAUAUGAAGACUAUCCAGUUCUCAGUUUGAAUUGGAACAUCAUGUUAAAAACAGUUAUGAGAUUCCUUAUGAAGUUUCUAGUAACUUGUGACUAGACUUUAUGAAAUUUACAGAUAAAGUUCUUCAACGUGAUGUCAUCUUGUGCCUUUCAUGUAAGUUAAAUUUGCUCAUACAGCUUGAAAGUUGUAUUUGCAAAAUUAAGCCUUCGAUUUUUAUAAAUGUAAAGAUUCCUCAGAACAGUGUCGCAAGAUCUUUAUUUCCUCUGAAGUAGUAAAAGUUGUAUAAUGUGCUAACUUUUUAAUGGCAAGGCACUUUCAUUUGUUUUUAUAUUUAGGAACUCUAAUCAGGAAUAUUAUAAGCUGUUUUCUUUUUAAUUUUGCUUACCUAUCAUUUUAUGAAUAUACUUUAUCAGAGUAUGUUUUAUAUAUAUUAAAAAGUUUCUUUUUUCUCCUUCUCAUUUCUAGUUAAAAUAGACAAAAACAUACUAUUUACCAGUUACUAAAAAGCAGUAUAUCAUUGCUUCUAGUCCCAACUAAGUACUAUAUAUUAUUGUAAACUAGAACUUGUUAUUACCAUAAUAACAAAACAAUGCGUAGAUAUUACUUCAGCUUGGCUGUACUGAAAGGCCUUAAAAGAAACCCAAAAAGACCGUGAACUACUGAAUUUUUUUAGUUUAAAAAAUGGCAGCUCUAUGCAUUCAUACACAUGAAUUAUAAGAAAAAAUACAAAUGCUAUAUUGGAUGACAUAAGGUUUGAGAAUGUGUGUUACAGGGCUCCAUUAAAGGGAAAAAUCCAUCUUUUAUUGUUACAUCAAUGAGCUUUUUCCAGGAUUUUUCAAAUAAACAAGUAAGAGUUAGAACCUGAAUCAAAUGGCAAAAUAUCUCAUUUAAGUGUUUUCAGCAACAGUAUGAAAAGAGACUUGAAGAGGGGAUGUAGAUUUCACUGAGAAAUUGGACUUAGGCAUUUGAAGCUAUAAUGAUCUUUUUAGACUUUGAAACAACUGACUGCAUUGCUAACAACUGUUAUCUUCCUAAUAAAAAGAGUUAUCAGUCU